AUGGCUUUGGUUAAUGAGGUUCCCCUAUUAGCUCAAACUGUCAUGAAGCCCCAUGCCCUCGAAGAACUAGUACACAGUGAUCUUAAUGAGUGCUCAGAGCAACAGGAAACUACUCACAAGGUUACUGAAAACUCUUUGACGGUCCACGACCGGUUUCGCCCUUCUUGGGGCUCAUCAGGUAGGCGCAGUCUCCGAGUUUCCGUCAACCUUAUGUUCUACUUGAACCCGUAUUGGACUGUUUUCGAGAAGUACACUCAUUUGCAAAUUGGUUUCCUAAUAAGCAAAUAG